GGUCGCGGAGAGAUGACGUUUCCGAGUACUCCAAAUUGUGUAGGCUGCAAGGAGCAUGUGGGUCCGCUGCGCGCUGUGGGGGGCGCGAACCCCAGCGCCGCUGCGCCUAGGGCUGCUCGCAUCUUGGCAACGCCACUGUCGUGCAGCCUCUUCCUACUCCGCAUCCGCCGAUCCUUCCCGGGUACGGGCGCUGGUCUAUGGGAACCACGGGGAUCCAGUCAAGGUUGUCGAACUAAAGAAUCUGGAGCUGGCUGCCUUGGGAGGAUCAGAUGUCCACGUGAGGAUGCUGGCGGCCCCUAUCAAUCCAUCUGACAUAAAUAUGAUCCAAGGGAACUAUGGCAUCCUUCCCAAACUGCCUGCUGUUGGAGGAAAUGAAGGCGUUGGACAGGUGGUAGCAGUGGGCAGCAGUGUGACUGGGUUGAAGCCAGGAGACUGGGUGAUUCCAGCAAAUGCUGGUUUGGGAACCUGGCAGACCGAGGCUGUGUUCAGCAAGGAAGCCCUGAUCGAAAUUCCCAGUGACAUCCCUCUUCAGAGUGCUGCCACCCUGAGCGUCAACCCCUGCACAGCCUACAGGAUGUUGGUGGACUUCGAGCAGCUGCAGCCAGGGGAUUCCGUCAUCCAGAACGCGUCCAACAGUGGAGUAGGGCAAGCAGUCAUCCAGAUCGCCGCAGCACUGGGCCUGAGGACCGUCAAUGUGGUCCGAGACAGACCUGACAUCCAGAAGCUGACUAGUAGACUGAAGGAUCUGGGCGCCGAGCAUGUCAUCACAGAGGAGGAACUGAGAAAGCCUGAAACAAAAAACCUCUUCAAGGACAUGCCCCAGCCACGGCUUGCUCUCAACUGUGUCGGUGGGAAAAGCUCCACAGAGCUGCUGCGGCACUUAGCGCCUGGAGGGACCAUGGUGACCUACGGCGGAAUGGCCAAGCAGCCUGUCACAGCCUCUGUGAGCCCCAGCAUGUUCCUCCUAUGUCGACAGAGCCUGCUCAUUUUUAAGGACCUCAAACUUCGAGGCUUUUGGUUGUCCCAGUGGAAGAAGUACCACGGUUCAGAUGAAUUCAAGAGGCUGAUCCUCACUCUGUGCGACCUCAUCCGCCAAGGCCAGCUCACAGCCCCCGCCUGCACUGAGGUCCCCCUGCAGGACUAUCAGCGGGCCUUGGGAGCCUCCAUGGAGCCCUUCGUGUCUUCCAAGCAGAUUCUCACCAUGUGAUCAUCAUCCCAGAAGAGCCGGAGCAAAGCAAGAGGGGAGGUGGACCACCAGGACUGGCUGCAGGCCCCUUGGGGGCAAAGCCUUCCCAGACUGCUCUCUGUUCACUGCUCACCCCACCAGGAGGAAGAGAGGUCGGCCUUAUAAAUAAAGUCUAAACUCCUUAAAAAAAGAAUAUUUACGUCA